AUGUUUAAUCUCUUGCUUCUAGCUUGUAUUGCUGCAGGCGUGAUCUGGUUUCUCGCAACACCUUUGCGGACAGGACUAUGGCGCUUUCCGGGACCAUGGUAUCGACGGUAUACAGAUCUAUUUCAGGUGCUCGACACAUACCAUGAGCGAACACGUCUGGCUAUCGCGGAACUGCACAGGGUGUACGGCCCUGUGGUCCAAAUUGGUCCACGCACCCUUAUUUUCUCCGACCCGGCCAUGAUUGACGAAGUGUAUGGCACCAGGUCACCACUUCCCAAAAGCCAUCACUUUAAGCCCCUGCGACAUGAGCUCAAUGGGGUUGUCUAUCCGAAUAUCGUGGCAAUGGAGACGACCAGAGAACAUGCGGCUAUUAAACGACCAAUUGCGGGCAUCUAUUCCAUGUCUAACGUCACGAAGUCGGAACGUUUCAUCGACGAGUGCAUCCUUCAGUUCGUCCACCAGCUCGACCAGGAGUUCUACAGCAAAGGGAAGACCAUGCCCGUUUAUCAAUGGGCGCACUUUUUUGCGUACGAUACGAUAAUGAGGGUCACCGCAUCCGUGGACUUCGGACUUAUUCGAGGUGAAGCUGAUCGAGAGGGCAUGUUCAAGGGCCUACAUGAAGCUCAAAAAUUCCGAGCCAUGGGCGUCUGCAUGCCUUGGAUGUACGCAAUUCUCAAGAGGACCCCACUGGCCAGCAUGAUGGUCAAACGCAUGGGGUCCUUCCCACGUCGAGCACGCGAACUCAUCCAAAGCCGGAGGGCGAUGGGGGUAUCAACCACAAGGACCAGCGACCGUGAGGACCUCCUUGACCAGCUCCUCGAGACGAAGGAGAAGUUUCCACAGACCGUUGAUGAGCUUGUCCUACACGGCUACGCCACGACACCCCUCUUCGCAGGUGGCGAAUCGGUCGCUGCCAUUAUCACAGCCGUGGUCUACUUCGUGGGCAAGGAUCCCUCCGUCGCCGCCAAACUGCAUGCCGAACUGCAAUCCUCUGGCCUCCAGAUGCCCCCGUCCUGGGUCGAGAUCCAGAAAAUGCCCUAUCUCGACGCAGUCAUGCGCGAGACUUUUCGCUGUUCUCCCCUCGGUGCAGCGCUCUCCCGCCGCGCCAUCCCACCCGAUCGGGACUUCAUCCUGCCCGACGGCCGCCGUGUGCCAACGGGCACCGCAGUCGCCAUGUUAGGUGGGUCGACUCAAUUCAACGAAGACAUCUUCGGCGCGGACGCGCGACAGUUCCGGCCGGAACGCUGGCUCGUGAUGCCCACCGAGAGCCCGGACGAGUAUGCGGAGCGGUUGCGCUGGAUGAACAAGACGGACUUGACUUGGGGCGCGGGUGACCGCGCCUGCAUGGGCAAGAAUAUUGCGCGGUGUGAGAUCUACAAGCUCGUAGCAACGCUGUAUUCUACGUUCGACGUUCGACUUGUAGACCCAGCGAAGGAAUGGAAGCUCAGGGAGGCUCUGGGGGUCAAGCCGGAUGGUGUGGAGGCGAUGCUUAGUCUUAGGUCGGGUGCGAGGUUCGAUCACUUUGAAGAGGGGUAUAAAUACGGAUGA